CUUAUUAUUACUUCGUGUUGCAGAAGCUCCUUUACAUUUGUAACUUUUGACGUACGUUACGUAAAAAACGUAACGUAUUUUACUUUGAAAACUAUCAAAUUUCUCAUUAUUAUUGUAUUAUUGUAAAAUUUAUAUUUCUUAAGGAUACAAAUAAUUUAUUUAUAAAAAUGGUUAGAACGCCGCUUCAUCCUGCAUCAGGAACGGGAGUUGUAUUAAAAAAAUGUGCAGCAUUAGCUAUUAGAUUCGUCAGAUAUGGAUGUACAAAUAGACCAUUUUAUAAUAUAGUGGUUAUGGAGAGGAGGCUAGAACAAAGACAACCACCAGUUGAACAAGUAGGAAGCUAUGACAAAAUACCAAACAAAUAUAACGAGAGGUUACUGGCACUCAAUUUUGAAAGAAUUAUGUACUGGAUAGGUCAAGGUGCUCAUGUUUCAAGGCCAGUUCUUGAGAUAUUUGGUCUUGCAGGAUUCUAUCCUAUACAUCCCAGAACUUACAUUCACUCAUCGAGAAAUCGAAAAGCAGCUGAAAAACGUCGUAUGGAAGCAUCAACUACAUCUGAAAAUGAAACAUCUGCUGCUUCUUAAUUUCAGCUUACGUCUUAUAGCAAAUUGUUAUCAAUGUAAAUAUAUAUCUAAAAUUUUAAUAAUAAUUAUCCUUUUUUCCAAA